AUGGUGGCAGUACCAUUCUGCCGAUGUCGAGUGCUUUAUAUUGGUAGUGCUGUACCAACAAUAACCAAAGAUGGACUACAGGGAAUUCAACAACCGUUACGUGAACGUUAUCCGAUUGGUGGUAAUGCUGAUACAAAGGGAAUUGAUUCCUGGUUGUCAGUAUGGUCGAAUGGUUUGUUGCUGGAAUACAUCGAUGGCGAUAAAAGAACUGAGACAGCCUUUCAUCCGAUUAAUUCCCUUCACUACUGUGCAGCAGUUCGAUAUGUGAACGUGACCGGAUAUGCAAUCGAAGGAGGCGGAGAACGAUUUCUCCCCUUGGAUUCACCGUUUGCAAGUGGUGAUGACAGUCAACAUCCACCAAUUUUCGCUGCUAUUUUCAGGAGAACCACUGGAAUUAAGGUUCUAGAAUGUCAUGCGUUUAUAUGUACAAACGCAAAAGCGGCAAAUGCUCUCGUACGUUGCUGCUUUCAUGCGUACGCUGAAUCGAUGUAUAUCAAGUUAGAUGAACGAUUACCCGCUCUGAAAUCUAUUAAGGAGGCUAGCAGAAGUGCUAGUCCACCAAGUGAACCGCUUCCAAGCGAAAUCGAAGAAAUAACGGCAAUCGAAGAUGACAAAGAGUUGGAGCAACAACGAUGGGCUGAACGAGCAAUAGGUAAAGAAGCCUGGGAAAGGCGGCAACAGUCAGGUGAAUAUGAUUCGGCAAGUAUCUCUUCAUCCAUCGCUAAUCGUUUUCGAAUCAAAAAGCAAGAUCGCGAUCGAACAAAUGGUGAUCAAGCUUUGGUACCGUACACGAAUGGCAUAGAUUCAUUCUCACAACGGGCGGGUAGCGACAUUGGCAUGGUAUGUGGUGAUGCUGGUGGUGAAACGCCAUGUGCUGGUAUUUAUCCAGGUAUGUUACCGCCACACUUUCGUGGCGGGUCACUACCAUUACCGCACAUGAUGCCAGCACAUCCAUUAAUGCGGUCACCAUUAUUUCUCCCAUUUCCGCCACCAUCACCAUCACCACCGCACUUACUACCACCGAUGCAUCGCCUUAUGCCGAUGAUGGGAGCACCACCUCCACCAAAUUUUGGAAUGCCACCACAUCUACCGCCUGGUAUCUAUCCUCUCCCUCCACCACAUUUCGGUGUUCUACCGCCACGAUUUAUGGCUCCAUAUGGACCAAUACCACCACCAAUGGGACGGCCACGAACACCACCCGAUGGUCCGAUUAUCACCGGUCCUGAAUCAGUUUAUGGUACACUACCAAGGAAACCGGCCUAUGAAGAACCUAUUUAUAUGCCCGGGAGUGCACCUUAUAUGCCGCCACAAGCAAGUUACCAACCGGGAAAUUACCUAACGGAUCAAUACGAUGCUUAUUAUGAUUCUCUGAAAAGGCAACGGAACCCGCAUCAUAACAACAAGGGACUGACUGGCGCUGAUUCUCAAACGAAUUCAAGGCGUGCGGCAGCUACAUCAGAAAAUGACGAAUCAUCGCAAUUUUGGGAUUCUUAUGAAGCUAGCAUAUAUCGAAAACCACAUUUAAAUGAAAAGGCAUUUUCGGCAACCGCACGCUCAAUGCCAACAGCAACAACAGUUGUAACUACCAGUCACAAUCAUUCAAGCGCAAAUAGUACUAAUCAUCAGAGCACGACCACAGGAGUAGGAAUGGGAACAGUGGUACGAGAAACAGUCGACAUUGUGGCCAGGCCUGAAACACCGCCUGCUGAUUAUGAUACCGCAUUUAAUGAAAUGCAUAUCAGUAGUAAUACCAAUAGCAGUAAACAACAACAACGUACUACCGCUGUCAUUUAUUGA